CUCCCAAAGCCAAUCAGAGUUGAAUUUCCCAACGUCUGCGAGUGGCCGUUCCGAUUACCGUUUCUGGUUGAGGAAACGGGGGGAGAGCUCCAGACGUUCGAUCUCCGCUGUUGGCCCAUUCAAGCUGCACCGACCAUUGGAGAGGCAUCGCGGACCUUGAAUCAACCCUCCCCCGCGAACGCCCAUCAAGAGGGUCGUCUUGUAUCAUAACAGCUACGAAUAUCGAAAGAACGCGUACCAAAGCUAAGCUUUGGCUAUUUCCGAGAAGCAGCGCGCCGACUGAGCUCGAUACCCUCUUCCCCCGAUUCCUUAAGCGCACCUUGACCUAAGAACCGAGCUGCCGACAACCAAGGGCCGACGACGCCUGCCUUCCCCCGUCACGAUGGCAUCCACCGACUCGUUCAUCUUCCACGAUGACGUCUCACCUUCCUCGGAUAAUGACGAGAUCGACUCUCUGCCUUCAAUAUCGAGCAGCGUGCUAGACUCCGAGGACGAAUCGGACGCCCAGGAGGAAUGGGAGCGUAGUCUGGAGCAGGUUCAGCUCCUAUUGACUAUGGUCAUUGUACCCUUUGCCGGGAAAUAUUUUGGUCGCAAAUUUGCAUACUGGAGCUGGUCACGAUACAUGGAAUGGAUGCACAACGUCGAGGUGCGGUGGACGAACAAGGGCGCCUUCAAGGCCGCCGGCGCGGCUGAGGCAGCAGCAACAUUAUAAGAAAGCGCAUUUGGGGCCUAUGGGCUCUUGGAAAAACCGAUGGACUUUGGGCAUUCUACUAUCAAGCCUGUAACAUCCUACAUGGUGUUCGGCGUGUAUACAUGGUUGGCGUUGAGGGCAAGCCGUCAUAGAAGACUAGGCGGCACAUUUUGAGGCGAGGCAUCCAGCCCGGCCGAGCAAACUAGAUCUAAAUCGAACAUUUGAACGAACUGAUAGUCCAACAUGAGAUCCAUACCAAGGGGGCAAAGGUUCACAGGCUCACGCUCAUAGUGGGGUUUGUCUCCAGGCGGUCAUUUUUGGAGCUGCACACAUAUUACCAUAACCUCUGAUUAGGGGCUAUCAUCAACAGUGGAAGAAAGAGUAGUUCUGUAGAAUGG